UGAUGAUAAAGAUGACGAGGGGAGGAAGAGGAGAGCAGAGGAAACACAAACAGUACUCUGAGAGACGCAACUAAAAACGUUUAAGCUUCUUGGAGAAAAUGCCGUUUUGAGCCGCUCUUGCUCCGCUUUCAGCAGAUUCACACUCGCGCUGUUUCUGUUCGUGGUUUCUGGAGUUUAUCAGAUCAUCAUGAUCGUGUCUGCGCUGUUUCUGAGUCUCCUGACCUCAGGUGUUCUGUCCAUCCAGGUCACCCUCUCGGAGACAGAGAAGCGCACGACUCUCUUCGCAUCGGUCACCCUGCGCUGUGAUUUCUCCACCUCUGCUUCGCUGCAGAAUGUGGUGGUCACUUGGAGAUACAAGUCCUUCUGCAAAGACCCAGUUCUGGACUACUACUCCACAGCGUACCAGUCGGCCCUUCAGUUGGGUCGAGACCCUGCUAAUGACUGUGUGGACUCACAACGUACCGUCCGAACUGUGGCUCAGAAACUGGGAUCCAACGAGGCAGUGCUGGGAAACGAGUACAGAGACCGCAAAAUCUACAUCCAGAACAAGGCUGAUCUGGUCAUUCAGGACGUGAUGUGGUGGGAUAACGGCAUGUAUUUCUGCGCUGUGGAAGCACCUGGAGACACAGGAGGAGAUUCAGACCAAGAGAUGAAGCUCAUCGUGUACCAUUGGCUGACGGUUCUCCUCAUCAUCCUCGGCGCACUGAUGCUCGUCCUCCUCUUGUGUAUCUGCUGCUGUCAGUGCUGUCCGCAGAAGUGCUGCUGUUACGUGCGCUGCCCCUGCUGCCCAGACACCUGCUGCUGCCCCGCUAAACUGGUGAUGCAGCACAGGAUGAUGAAGGAGGCUCAGAAGGCCAUGACUCCGUGGCUGAACGGACAGCCCAUGUACGCCGCGAUGAGUAACCACAGCUCCUCGUACCAGAUGAACCCCAUGUACCCAGGCUCAGUAUCAGGCAAAGGUGGGAUGACUCCUCUGCCGCUGCCUCCUCCACACAUGGCAUCGAUGCCUUCUCUGAGUGUUUACGGUAACGGUGGCCCCCAGGGGCCGAAUCCGGUGCUGGACUAUCUGGAGAACCAGAUGCGUGGCAUGGACGUCUCCAGCUCGAUGCUCCAGCAGCAGCCCUCCAUCCCACUGCAGCACCUUCCUCUUGCUCCCCAACACAUGCCCCAGCGUGUGCCCUUCUCCGCCGGGCCUCCCAGCAUGCUCUCUGCUCUGGACGACGGCCCCGCCUCCCGCAGGGCCCCGCCCGGCUCUCGAGGAGCCCGCUCCAGCGGCUCGUCCUGUCACUAUCCUCGGCCGUCCGUCCAGCGCAGCUACAGUCAGGAGGACAUGCUGGACACUCGGAUCCGGCCCGGAGCGUACCAGCCCCGCUCUCACUCCAGAGACGACCUGCUGGCCGCUGAGCGCCGGGGCCCCAGACGAGACGAUUACGCCCCCCCGCCCCGCCGCGGCUCCUGGAGCUCAGCUAACGACGAGGACAGCAGACGCGGAGGCACUCGAGGACAUUAUCCUCCCAGCUACAGCGAGUACGAGCCGGGGAAGAAGCCUGGGAAGCGGCCUGAGCACUUCUCCGAUAAGAGUUCUCGGAGCGGUGCCAGUAUAGUCAUCUGAUGAGGAGCGCUGCACA